AUGGGCCACCUCUGGACCUUCUUCACCCACCUCCACUCCCUCGCUGGGUACUACUACUACUACUACUACUACUACUACUACAGCUGCUUCUUCCUCUGACCACCCCGCCUUCUUCCCCUAAAUCUCUGUUCAAAUCGCUGAUUAGGGUUUCGUACUUCUCAUUCUGAUCCUGUCCUUUGACGCAGGCCGACGAUCAUGCUCUUGUAUCCUCUGUAAGUACCGUCUUCUUAUAUCUUCUCCCGAGCUUUUGCCGGCGGAGAGGUCCUCUAUUCCUUGCUCCGGUGGGGUUGUGAUGGCGAUUGGGGAUUCCAGGUACGCAUCAAUCCGAGCAAUCGAGAGCCCUUCGAAGCUAGACGACGAGCAGUGGCUCGCCUACUGGAUACUCUACUCCUUCCUCACCCUCGUGGAGAUGGUGGCGGAGCCCGUCCUCUACUGGUUGGUGCUUCAUUUCCCCCACUUCUCCAUCAGAGUCGGAAGAAGGAAGCCCUAGCGAUUCGAUCGUAUUGCCUUGAGAAUUAAUGCUCUCUGCUGCGUCCUUGAAGGAUUCCAAUAUGGUACCAGAUGAAGGUGGCCCUGGUGGCGUGGCUGGUGCUGCCCCAGUUCCGGGGGGCCUCCUUCAUCUACGAAAGAUUCGUCCGUGAGCAGCUGCGCAAGUACGGCUGCGCCGCCGUCGGCGGCCACCCCUCCCCCAAAGUCAAGAAGGUAGUGGCCGCCCCCCACCACCACCGCCGCCGCCGCACGAGCUUCUCCCACAUUUAUCGAUCCUCCAUGACAUUGCCGAUUGCAGGGCGAGCACGAGGACAACAAUUGAUCGUAAGCCGGUCGCAAAGGCGGCGGAGGAGAGAGGUGAAGAAGGUGGCCGGUGGCAAAGGCGGCCAAGGAGAGAGGUGA